GAUCAAUCACCCUAUAAUUAGGUCCACUUAUCACUUACCUCUACAUUACCCUACAUACUGCGGAAUAUAUACGAGUAUAAUCGCCAAUCAAAACGCGAAAGGGUCUUCUUUACUACUUUCGUCCUUACCUUCCAUCUCCUACCCUACGUUGUACCAGAAGAGAGUGACACGGUAGACUCUUCUCCGUUUGGUCGAACCUGCAAUUUAUCGACAACUAUUCACGCUGGAAACUACAGUCUGUGUCCAUCAUUGUGUUUUGGCGAAGGCUCUUCGAAUAUGGCAUCCCUGAACCUCUCAUCCAAUGGCCCCUCAAUAUUAAAGAGCUACCAAGCUGUUGUCAACUCUUCCCCCUCGACAAGCUCUGCAUCUCCUACUUACGGGCAAUGGGCAGUGUUUUCGGUUUCCGCACCACUUGUUAGUGCUUUCCAGCAAGACGUGGGCAAUAAGGAGAGUGUUUUAAAGGUCCAAAGUACCGGAGAUGGUGAUUUGGCCGAUCUUAUCGACGAAUUCUCCGAGGGGAAGGUACAAUUCGCCUUUGUGAAGGUCACUGACCCAAAUACUGGACUCCCCAAGAGUGUGCUUAUUGCCUGGUGCGGAGAGGGCGUCCCCGAACGGACGAAGGGCUACUUUACUAGUCACUUGUCUGCGGUCUCAAAAUUGUUGCAUGGCUAUCAUGUUCAAAUAACCGCGCGUGCAGAUGGGGACCUGACUGCCGAGGGCAUUAUACAGAAAGUUGGGGAUGCUUCUGGUGCUAAAUAUUCCGCGGGAGCCGGACAGCCAGUUGCUCCUACACCUAAGCCCCCGGUUUCCUCUAAGCCCGUUUUUACUCCGCUGCGAACCGGCGGCGUCGGCUCAAGUACAAUGACAGCUAACUCUACACGGGAAUACUCCAAGGGGGAUACUGACAACGAUGGCUGGGGCCCAGAUGCUCCGCCGGUCACUCGGACAGAACUGGAAAGGGUACGCCCGGCCUACCAACCGACCAAGGUAAAUAUACAAGAACUUAGGUCGGGAACCCAACCGGCAACCAGCGUCCAGGGUCAACAUGCCACUGAAGACCGCAGUGGAAUUGUUAGGGGCGGCUAUCAACCGGUAGGCAAAGUGGACAUUGCUGCCAUAAGGAGACAGGCACGUGAGGCAGGAGAAUUUAAGGAUGACCGACCAGAGCCAAUCAAGGGAGCAUACAAGCCAAUUGGCAAAGUCGAUAUUGCUGCUAUUCGGGCCAGGGCACAAGUGCCUAGUGAGUCUAUCGCUGGCGAUGGCAAAUCUACAAUACCGAAUGACACACAGACGGCCUUAGCGCAAGCGGAGUCGCCUAAAAAUCCCACAUUGCCUGUCCAGUCGGAGCGCUUGACAAGCCUACCGAAGCCAAAGGUCUCAAAUAGGUUUGGAGCGAACCAGUCGUUUGCUGGAACCAAGCCUCCUCUACCCAGUGGAUCCAUCCAAAACCCAACUUCAGCUACUACGGCUAUCGGUAGUGCAAGCAGAACUUUUGCAGACGAGGGAGGAAAGACUCCUUCACAACUUUGGGCCGAGAAGAAAGCUAAAGAACGGGGACAAGCUACCACGUCUGUUCUACCGUCACCAGCUAUCGAGGAGUCUCCCCUUCAAACCCAGCACAGCGGCAAAGGGGAGUGGAAGAGCUCUUACAACGGCAAAACAUGGGCCCCUGUUCAGACUACGCUCACCGGAAAGUCUCUUAGCAGUAACAAUUCCCACCAGGCCACGGAUGCCGCUGCAAAUGGCACCACGGAAACGGAGCCCGGGCUACCUCAACAGAGUGUUAGUGCUCUUCGGGAUCAGUUCGCGGACGUCUCACUUCAGAGUUCCGCUUCCCCUAAGGACAGGUCUGACGACAGGCCGGAUACAGGGCGUUCCGUACCUCUGCCUGGCUUACCAGCAGGACCUACAGAACCGGAAAUCAUCCAGGAGACUGAAACUCACCAAUUGGCCCCGAGCCCUCCGGAACAACCUCGGUCCCCAACUCCACCAACCCCACCUCCAGUACGAGAACCAUCACCUAUCCGUGUCGCUAUACCCGUUGGGCGUGGAGUUACAGAUGUUCAUGAUGAGCAAAACCGACCGCCCCCUGUGUUACCCACCGAAAGCCUUCACCAGUCCAUACCACAAGAGCCAGACCUUGCUGACGACAGGCAUGAUGUAGCCCGGGCAACAGCUGAGGCUACAGUUAGGAACCAACCUCAAGCUAACAAUAUCCAAGCCCUUGUGCAGUACGACUAUGAAAAGGCGGAAGACAACGAAAUCGAGCUCAGGGAAGGUGAAUAUGUGACGGGGAUUGAAAUGGUUGACAAGGACUGGUGGUUGGGUUCAAACACUCGUGGUGAAAGGGGUCUCUUCCCGAGUAAUUACGUUGAGCUACUGGACGACAAACCACAAAACUCUAUCUCAUCAGACUUGCAUGUUGGGGAGUCUGAAGCAGAUAUUCAACAACCUCGCGUUGAGUCAAUGGCGCCUCUGGCUUCGAGCUCAGCCAAUGGACCCAUUGCUAUAGCUCUGUACGACUAUGAAGCCGCGGAAGACAAUGAACUCAGCUUUCCAGAAGGUGCUGAGAUCACCCAUAUUGAGUUCCCGGAUGACGACUGGUGGUUUGGCAAAUAUCAUAAUAAAGAAGGGCUUUUCCCAGCCAAUUAUGUGCAGCUCGAAAAGUGACCUAAAGUGGUAUAACCUACGGCUUUCAAGGGUUUCACUCUACGUGAUGUCAACAGUCAGCUGCGUUCUGCAUCUGCGUUGCCGUCUCGUUUAAAUUUGCCGGAUCCCGAGUAUCCUUUUGCUGAACAUAGUUUGUCCGGUUCAUAUCUGUACCCAUAUGCAAGUGUCUUUGAAGAGGGGAAACCAAUUUUUCCCUAGUGUUCCCUUAAGCAGAUCGCAGAGGUCUCUGGUCCUUGAAACAGUAUAUGGAACAUUCGUUUUCAAGUUAUUACGACUACUGCUCUAAAAAGAGUCUUGGUACUUGUAGGUUGUGUUUCGUACCUAGUUCCACGUGAUGUGGUACUAUAGAGCCAAUUUAGGAAGUGAUGCAAAAUCACGUGAUUUCAAUAAUAUCUUGUAACUCGUAUCCUGCCCGGAAAAGCAUAGGAGAAAAGGUAAGCUCCACUCUGUGGCGUAUCUUAUAACCAGCUAUCAACAACAAAACUGGAGACAGUAUUUGCCGCAGGCUCUCGUGGCUAAGGCUAGCAAAUCUCGUUCUCGCUUGUCGGUCUUGGUUGGCAAGU